GGGCAGCUGGAUUAGACAGUAGGGACAGCGGCUUUGUAACGCAGUGGGCGCAUAUGGGCAGUGUCCAUGUGGAACUAUCUCUUCAAGAGGAACAAUGGCAACGGCACUAGCUAUAGGUCCCUGGAGGUGACUUUAAGCAGGGAUUUCAGUCUCGCAGACGAAGAUCCUGAUUGCCAUGGCGUUGAACCACCUUCUGUUACUGCUGCAAAGGUGAGCUUUGACUUCGACGGAGACCAUGCCUCAGCAGGUUCUAGCGAGCACCACUGGGAUGGAGAUGGAAGGAUAAAGAAGACCAAGUUUGCGAACUUCUCACGUGGGAUUAUGAAGCAACGGAGCUUCAACUGCAACUUCAACAUCGCGUCCAACAGUCUGGACGAUGAAGACAACGACUACGAGAAGGAGUCGCAGCCACAGGCGUUGCGCCACGAGUGGCACAAGCUAUGCCGCUCUUGGGUGAUCGUCCCCGAGCUCAGCGAAUCCAAGAAGGCCAAGGGCUUCGUUCAUUGGGUGGAGGUGUGGGAUCUAAGCUUCACGCUUAUGAUCUUCUUCAUUGCGUACUAUCUUCCAUGGGUCCUGGUGUUCUUCACCUGGGAUGAGCUGCCACAAUUCCACAGGAUGCUGGAAACGAUCAUGAGCCUCUGGUUUUCGGCGGAUAUGGUCCUGCAGUUUUUCAUUGCUUAUUCGAAUCCAGCCAACGACUUGUCGCAGGGUGCGUGGCAGAAAGACCCUCGGGAGAUUGUAAUGCGCUACACCGGCUUAAAUGGAGGUUUUGGAUGGUUUUGGCUCGAUUUGGCGAGCGUGACCCCCUUCUGGCUGCGCAUGAUGAAUGGUGGCAAAGCCUUCCCCGGCUUCGGGUAUUUCCAAAUGCUUUGCCUUCUUCGCGUUCUUAAGAUGUUCAGGAUGCUGAACCUCCCAAGACUUUGGCGCUUCAUGAGCCGCUGGCAAGCGUCCUUUGGGUUCUCAUACCUUGUCAUCGACUUCAUGAAGUUUCUUUUCAUUUUGACGCUCACUGCGCACUUGUUUGCCUGUACUUGGGUGGCCAUCGAAGGCAAAGUGACGCAAGGGCUUUUCAGUUACAGCACCUCUGGGCACACAUGGCUAUCAGCGAUCAUAGAGUCCAAGGGAGAUCCCUGCAAUCCAUCCGCUGCGCAGGAUAGCAAGUGCGUCUAUUGGCUGUCGCUCUACUGGGCCGUGAUGACGCUCACGAGCGUUGGCUAUGGUGACGUCACUCCGCAGAACCAAGUGGAAUACACUGUCUGUGCCAUUUUGAUGAUGAUCUCUGGGCUGGUCUGGGCAUAUAUCGUUGGUAGCGUGGUUUCUUUGAUUCACACCAUGGACACCUCAGUGGAGUUCAAGCAAAAUAUGGAUGAGUUGAACGAAAUGAUGGAGUCUCGAGGCUUGCCAAGAGACUUGCGAGUGAGGAUGCGAAGAUAUAUGCAUGAAUGUGUGGUGGCGAAGCAGCAAAAGAUGCAGGAGACCCUCCUACGGAGUACCAUCUCCGAAGGAUUGCAGAGAGAAGUCGCUAGGAAUAAUCAGCGCGACCUCUUGAAGAACAUCUAUUGGGCGAAGGAUUUUCCGGACGAGGCCAAGAUGGAGCUUGUCAAAUGCUUCUAUCCCUCGUUCUAUGGGCCUGACGAAGCCAUCAUGCUGCGGAAGGCUGUCUUGGUGAUCCAAAAGGGCAUCAUGGGAAUCAGGGGCCGUGUGUUGAGGCGUGGAGAUGUGAUUGGCCUGGAGAGCAUCCUGCUGGAGACCAAUAGUCUGGUGGAGACCUCUCAGCCCAGGACCUUAUCUUACUGCUUCGUCAUGAUGCUGAUGCGCGACGAUUUGCUAGAAGUUGCUCGCAACUUUGAAGAGGUGGACGGGCAGUUGAGGAGAGCUCAGAUCCGAGCCGCAGUUCGACGGGCCUUCCUCACAUCAGCCGCUCAAGUGAAGCUACACCGGAAGGCGGCUGAGGAGGAUGGACACUUGCCCCACAUACAAAGGACCUUCACCCAAAAUCAAGCAACAUUCUCUCACGCUCAGCCGAUGCAUCUAACGAGGUCAUUGACCUCGCAUGCAGCACCUGUGGCGAUUUCACCGACAGGAGGAGACUCCGCGGCAACAGCUCCAGCUCCCUUGGCUAGCGCACUAACCAGAGGGCGGUUCUCACGCGUUGGAAGCAGCUUGGAGGCACAUGCCCAGUUGCCACUUGUCCUUGCCUUGAUCUCACAGGAGGCCACGGCGCCCGGGGCCGGGCAGCUCAACCAGACUGACCCAGCAACCCCAACGGCUUGAUCAUUAGAGAUGCUGAUUGGUUGGUGAAGAUGAGAAUGAAUGAGAUGCGACCUGAUUUGAUUCCAAAGACAGCUUUGGCACACGGUUGGAUUUUGUAUGAACAAAACGUGUCAACUACAGAAUUCGAUUGCAAUACCAUCAUUCGAUUCAAAGAAAGGCACAUAUUGGCAUGUCUUGACAAAACUCUGUUUUAAAAUCCGAACAUCCGCAGGCCCCUGCUCCUCCAUCAUGGACAGACGUACUUGAACGAAUCGAGCAGCAGAACAUCGAGAUCAAGCGGAACCAGGAGUCAAUGCUGCGACAACUACACUCUCUGCAAAGCAGAAGCACUGCAUAUCCAUCACACGGAUACUGAGACCUGCAGACCUGCCACGACCUGCAGAGGUGCCAUGUCUCGUGCCACCAUGGUGUGGCACGUUGAUCGUGAUGCUGUCAGAGGCAGCAUCAACAAAGGAUCAUGCAGGAUGUGAACUUUUAGAACCCUGAAUACCAAGGAACCUGUGUAAUAGUUUGAGGACUUGCACUGCACUCUAUUUGCUUCCAGCCUGGAAGUCUUCCGAUUGAUCGAGGUUGUCCAAGUCCUUUUUGCGUCAGCUGACCCUUCGCAAAGCCGAGGAGACAGCAUAGCCAGUCUCACCAUCGACCCACGUUUUGCAAAUCCUGCGAAAUAUGGUGUUGCAGC